AUGCUCAAUUUUCACCCUUCUUGUGAUUGCUUCCUCAAUAUGCUGGGAAACAAGUUAGUAGUGAUUAUUGGUGCCACGGGAACUGGAAAAACAAGACUCUCAAUUGAGAUAGCCAAGGCGAUUGGUGGGGAAGUGGUAAAUGCUGACAAGAUGCAAAUUUACGAUGGCCUGGAUAUUACGACAAACAAGGUUUCUUUACAAGAUCGAUGCGGCAUAUCUCAUCACCUUAUUGCGUCCAUCCCUCGCAACGCAGGUGAUUUUCCUGUGUCAUUUUUUCGAUCUGCUGCAAAAACCACAAUAAACUGCAUUGCCAGACGUGGUCACACACCGAUUGUGGUGGGUGGAUCUAACUCACUUAUCCAUGGUCUCCUUGUUGACAAUUUUGAUUCGUCUAUUGUGGAUCCUUUUGGGCAAUUGGAGGUUAGCUAUCGGCCGACGCCUCGAUCGCAAUGUUGUUUUCUAUGGGUUCAUGUUAAUGAGGUGAUUCUUAAUGAGUAUUUGAAACAUCGUGUUGACGACAUGGUUGAUGCUGGGUUAGUUGAGGAAAUUGAAGAAUAUUUUGACACAUUAUCAGUUAAUGGACAUGUUCCAUAUGUGGGAUUAGGGAAGACCAUUGGUGUUCCAGAGCUAAGCGAGUAUUUUACUGGACGGGUGAGUUGUAGUGAUGCUCUUUCUAUGAUGAAGACCAAUACACAGAUUCUUGCAUGA